AAGAAAUCGGUGGUGGAUUUGGGGACCUGGACGUGACGAAUUGAAACGUCUAGAAGCUAGCUGGAACCCCUCUAGAGAAGCUAAAGUCUACAUAUGUAGUAAACGUCCAAAUCCGAUCCUCCAACAGCUUCAACACCACCCAUCCGACCAACCCAACCAGUCACGCCCUCAACAUGUCCGCCUUCCUCCGCCCCGUCUUUGGCGCCGCCGCCCGCCCGGCCGUCCGCUCUUUCAGCUCUACCUCCGCCCGCGGCGUGGCUCGCGUCCAGAUUAUCGGCAACCUCGCUGACACGCCCGAGGUCCGCGCUACCAGCACGGGCCGUGAGAUGAUCAAGUAUGCUGUCGCCAGCAACUCGGGUCCCCGCAGCGACCGCGUUACCAGCUGGUUCAACAUCACCAGCUUUGUCGAGGGCAAGGCGCGCGACUUCCUGCUGACCCUGCCCAAGGGAACCACCGUCUUCGUCGAGGGCGACCUGUCCCUGAGGAACUGGAGCGAUGAGGAGGGUCGCAACAGACAAGCCGUCAACAUCCUUCAACGCAACAUCGAGGUCCUCCGCCGUCCCUAUACCGGCCCUCGCGAGACCACCGAGACCGAGGCCGAGGCCGAGGGCGAGGCCCAGGAGCAGCAGUAAAGUUGAGCUGAACUUGGCAUAUGGCCAAUCGACAGUUGCUGUUCGCUGCUGGCGUCGCUACUGUUGUUACUGGGGGUUCCACGAAUGGGCUCGAUGGAGUUUACGAAUUACGAACUUUGGGUUUCAGCAGGACGCUGUGUGUAGCUUCGCGAAGCUGAGUUCUUUCCUAUAUACCCAUGUACCAUCAUCUAUCUCUCUUUCUUAGAAUUUGCAGAGCUUCCGUGUGUCGUAUGCAUAUUGAAGGUUGAUACUGUGAUGCCUGCCGUCGAAACUCGCAGAAUUUCGCCAUAGACAAUGCAGGGUCAGAGAUGUCCAACAAUCACGUCCAUGCUCAUUGA